AUGGGGAAGAGGACCAUUUAUGCACAGCGGAAGUUUUUGGGCUUUGCACCUGAGGAUAUUGAGACCCAAUACUUCGGGGAGAUCAGCAUCGGGACCCCUCCACAGAGUUUCAAAGUCAUCUUCGACACAGGAUCAGCCAACCUCUGGAUACCUUCAUCAAACUGCUCACCCAUCUUUGCUGCCUGUUUUUCCCAUAACAGAUAUAACUCUUCCAGAUCGACAACAUAUGAAGCCAAUGGAAAGAGAUUUGCUAUUCAUUAUGGAUCUGGUAAUGUCAAGGGAGUCCUCAGUCAAGAUAUUGUAAUGAUGGCCAAUAUCCCGGUAAUCCAGCUUUUUGCUGAGGCCACCUCAUUGCCUGCGUUCCCUUUCAUCUAUGCCAAGUUUGAUGGUGUCCUGGGGUUGGGAUUCCGGACCAUCGCUAUCGAUGACAUCAAACCGGUGUUUGAACGGAUCCUGGACCAACACAUCCUCUCCGAAGACGUCUUCUCUGUUUAUUACAACAGAGAUUACCGUGAGACUCCAGGCGGUGAGGUUAUGCUGGGGGGCACCGACCCUUCUUAUUACACUGGAGAGUUCCACUAUCAGGAGCUGAUCAAGGAAGGCCACUGGCAGAUUGGGAUUCGAGGAAUUUCCAUUGAUGGGGAAUUAAUGCUGUGCAGUGCAGGAUGUGCGGCUGUUGUCGACACUGGUUCCUCCUACAUCACUGGACCAGCUGCUUCUAUCUCCACCAUAAUCAGUGCUAUGGGGGCCACAUCAUUGGCAGAGGGAGAGUAUAUCGUGAACUGUGACGAAGUCCAAAUCUUGCCUCACAUUUCUUUUAACCUGGGAGGAAAGAAUUAUGUGAUGAAGGGUGAAGACUACGUUGUGAAGGAAUCAGAGUCCGGAGAGGAAGUCUGCAUAGUUACCUUCAAUGGUCUUGACAUCCCCCCACCCAGGGGCCCGCUGUGGAUCCUGGGUGCCAGUUUUAUCGGUCGAUAUUACACUGAAUUUGAUUACAAGAACAACAGAAUAGGCUUCGCCAAAGCAAUUUAAACCAGACAAGUAUGGGAUUGCUUGGGCUAGGCUUCAUUUGAAAAAAAAGUGGCACAUACUCCAGUGAUAGUGGGAAAUAUAUUCCUUUUUUUUCCAAUUUGGGCUGCAUGGGGCCAACUUUCACAUCCAGUGCUAUCAACAUUUAGAAUUGAUAUGAUAGAGCGGAGGAAGUAGGCAUGGGGCAAAGCUGCUCAGUUCCUUCCACUGACCAUGCACAGUCUUCAUUCCCAACCUUCCCCAUUCACUUAGGCUCUGUAGGAAUAGGCAGUGCGUGCUCCCAUAUACAAUGAGGUGAUGGAUGACCACUAACCCAACUCCAUGUAUCUGUCUAUUGCUCCCGAUGUGGCCUCCUCUACAUUGGUGAGACCAGGCACAAACUAGGCGACUGCUUUGCUGAGCACCUGUGCUCCAUCCAUCAUGCCCUUCUGGAUCUCCUGGUUUCUAGCCAUUUUAAUUCUCCUUCCCAUUCCCACACCGACAUGUCUGUCCUCGGCCUCCUCUACUGCCAGGGUGAGGCUAAACGCAAACUAGAGGAACACUACCUCACACCCAAUCAGUCUACAACCUAACGGCAUGAGCAUUGAAUUUUCCAAUUUCAGGUAACCUGCUCCCCCUCUGUCCCUUUUCUCUCUCCUCCUGAUCUACCCAGUUCUUACUACCUUUGCCCCAGUCCCUAUCACCCUGUUUCUUCCCCCUCCUCCACCCCACUCCAUCUGCCCAUCACCCACACACUCCUCCCACUGGCUUCCCUCCCAAGCUGUUCCCAUCCGCCCUCCCCACCUCCCUUACUUGAUUCCAUGCUCCGCCGUCCUCUCCUAUCAGAUUCCACCAUCUGCAAAGUGGGAGAAUUCAAUGUUCAUGCUGUCAGUCUGCAAGGUUCCAAGAUGGAAAAUGUGCUGUUCCUCCAGUUUGCACUUGGAAUUCUCCUGGCAGUGGAGGAGGACGAGGACUGACAUAUCAGUGAUAGUGUGGGAGGGGGAGUUGAAGUGACUGGCAACGGGGAGAUGCAGAUUCUGGUUGCGGACAGAGUGCAGGUGUUCUGCGAAACGGUCAGCUGGUCUGCGUUUGGUCUCACCAAUGUAGAGGAGGCCACACUUGGAGCACCGAAUGCAGUAGAUGGUAUUAAGGGAGGUGCAGGUGAACCUCUGUCUCACCUGAAAGGACAGUUUGGGUCCCUGGAUGGAGGUGAUGGAGGUGGUGUAGGGGCAGGUGUUGCACCUAUGGUGGCGGCAGUGGA